AUGUCCACCUUUGACGACAGCAGUGGAAAGCGACUGUAUUCAACCCUACUGACCGAUUGCCACCUGGAGGGGCUGAAAAAGGAACUGCGUUUACGUGAACGAAUUGUGCUGCUCAUCCAGCGGACCGAGCUGUUGGAACACGUGCGGCAAGCUUGCGCCGCCUUUCACGAACGGUUCCUGGCGGAAGGUAACGAUCAGGAUCUGCUGCUCUGUCCGCUGGUGGUGCCACUGCACAUUGGCUACGGUCCGCUGCAGGAAUUUGAUGAAAAACUUCUGUCGAAAAUCAUCCGCGAACCGAUCCUGUACGAAAAAAUCUUCCGCGAAGUCGUCCUCAGCAUUGCCAACACCUAUUUCUGUCGUCUCGAGUCACCCUUCCGGAUCCGGCUUGAACAGGUCUACUGUAGGUUACGAAUGAAAUUACCCCUAGAGGAGCGGUACCUAUUUCGCACGCCAAAGGUUUCCAUCGGAUUAACCGUACUGCACGGUGUCGUACAAGGCUUCAGUUCCGCUCAGAAGUACAUCCUCCAGUCGGUGUGGGUCUGCCCGGACGAUCCGUUCGCGAUCACCAUAACCGGUGAGGUCAAGCGAGUUCCCAAGUGCGAGGAUUGCGGUAUUGCGUUGCAGGAACACCAGCGGAUUCGAGCCGUGUCCGAUUUCUGCACCGUGCGGGCAUUCUCGGCGGACAGUUUGCAGACGCCGACCGCCGUGGGGCGCAUCUAUCCGAGCAUUUCCGUACGGCUGGCGGACGAUUUGAGCCAGCAGUUGCGGCUCGGCUACGAGUACGCCUUUACCGGGGUGUUCAACCCGCUGAGUCAGCUGUUUAGCACGUGGCAAGUGGAGGAGCUGCUGUAG